AUGUGUCAACAAUUAGCUGAAGGCACUCGCUGGACGCGAUGUGGGCAUUUUCAACGACAUCUCGUUGUCGCUAUCGUUGACUGCAACACCACACGCUGCGAGCGUUCGGUCUACCACCCUCGAGGCUGUCGGGCUACAACAUGCGCUAGAAAUUUUGGAACCGAGAUUCAACGCGAUGUAGAUGCUGUUGAUGAUUACUGUUGGGCAUGCAAGGCAGCCCAGGAGCGCGCAGCUCGAGGCCGAUGA